GUCCUACCAUUGAAUCAUCAUGAACUCUAGCUGUUAGUGAGAUACAAACCUUUUCAUGAACCCAAUCACAAAUACUCAAGACGACUCUGUUUGUGUAUAGCUAGCUUGUGAAUAAUAUUCAGAAAUUAUUGAUCUGCAGUAGUAGCAGAUACCGUAGUAGGUAACAGCUAUAAAUAUUAAGUGAACAAUGCUACACAUAAAAUAUAGAUUUCAAACUUGAAUCAGCUUAUCCCACAAUAUCCAUCAUAUUCCUAGACAUGUCUACCUCUGAAGCGAGUUCAUCGUGUGCUACUCCAAGGGCAACAUCAUCGCCUGAGGAGUUGAGACAAAAGUUGCUUCAGCGGAUCUUUGAGUACAACACUGACAAAAAUACACCACCGGAUCUAAGAAUACAUGUCACAGGUCUUACACUGGAAGAAGGUGCAGUCUUUGAGCGUGAUCCCAGCCCAGACAUUGAGGAUCCAGGAUCUCAAGCCCCUCACCACGCUCCUGUACUACCUAGCGCUAUUCUUGAUCCAAAUGAUCGCUCUCCGAAGACUCCAGAAACACAGCCAGAGCACGAAACACCAAAGUCGAAAGAAGAACUUACUUAUAUGCUAGGAGCAAAAAUCAAAUUACGAGAUCUUCAACGUGAAAAGGAAACCUUGGAAAUGGAGGGGCGCCGUCGAGCUGCAAAAGAGCAAAUUGAUACUCGAUGGCAAGAGCGCGCUUUGAAAGACUGGAGAGAAAACAAAGCGAAGGUUAAUUAUGAUACCGUACCCGAUGCUGGCGGCAAUAAUGAGAGGAUUCAUCAUAAUAUUGAUCAUGAUGAGGAUGUUCUCCAACAGGCAGCUAUUGACAAUGACCUCGGGAGUGGUGGGAUUGGACCAAUAGUGAAUAAAAAGAAAUCGCCACCCAAAGGAAUAAACCACCUGGCUGAAUCACGAAGAAAAUUAAAUAAGGAAUGGGCCAUCAGCGGAGGCCAUCGAAUGGCAGUAAGACAGAAUGACGAAAGUACGCGGAAUAAUUUGCUCAGAAAUGUCAAUCGCGCUAUAGCGGCUGCUGAAGCGGCAGCAUUGAAAGGCGCAGGACAGUUUGAGGUAGUUGUAGAUAGAGAUGGAGCUCGAAGUGACACGACAGAUGGGGAAGCCAAAUAUACAAAUAAAGACUCGCGAUUCCGAGACGAACAUUAUCUUGCAUCACCCGGGUCAGGACAUGCACCGCCGCCGCUGGUAGAUGCUGAAACAGAAUCUAGGCGUAGGGGUGGAAAUGAAUACAGAAAUGGGUCGCCGGUACCAGAGGAGCGAGGAAGAAGAAGAGGCCGCGCGGCAAGAGAUACUUCCUCAGACUCGCAGACACAUAAAAGAAAGCAAGAGCGCGCUGUUGAAGAUCCGCUACGAUCCACCGGAAGAACACCACCAUCCAAAGGACCGCCACUUCAUCAAGGACAUAAGCAUGCGAACGAUGUUCUUCGAAAAGAUGUGCCAGUGGAGACCCUCCGACUAGCACAAGAAGCAGAGAAGAGUUGUUUCGUCGUUUUGCCGGGAGCAAAUAUUCAAAUACCACCGAUGUCUCCCCUGGUUCCAAAAGUAGUAAAACCUCAGACGAAGCUUGAACCUCUUCCCGUUAUUUUCCCGGUACCAGCCAUUCGAGAUUCACGUCUAUUACCAAAUGGAAGUCCAGCCCAAUGGAAACUUCGUACUCAACGCGAGAUGGCCAAGGCCAAUUUCGAAAAGGAUAAAUCGAAAUAUAAAGCAGAGGUCGGAGCUGCAAGGAAGAAUGAGCAAGCUGGGCUAAAAGGUAUAUUGAAGCGGGAUCGAAAAGGAAAGGACAAGGCUAUCGCUUGGGCUGAUGAACCCACAGAUAGCGAGGGCGAAAAUAUGAUAAAUCCAAGGGAGGAAAUGGUUUCAUACAACGAUAGAGCAGAUCAAGAGGAACUUAGGAAAUUAGACGAUAAAAGAGCUAAAUGGGAGGAAAACUAUAAGUGUCUUGCAACAGAAAGCAAGAUUGAGAGAGAGAAUAUGGCAGCGAGACAGAGGGCAGAGGAACUGGCUGAAAAGCUUUUGCGCGGUGGAGGUGGUUCUGAGGAUCGAAAAGAUACAGCAACGGGGAAGUAAAGUGCUGAGUAAAUGCUUGAGUGUGGUGGGAGUGAGAUGUGAUUUAGCGGAUUACCUGUUGGGAUUUAGUUAGGUAACUUAAAAGCCUUCCCCUUUAAACUCCACCAAACAAUAAUAUGAUUUUUUUCUUUCCCACCGACUAUUUUUCAUUCUUGCUUUCUCUAGGUCCCACAAUUAGAUUUCUCAGCCGUUGAUCCUCCAAUUUGAUGUUUGUUUGUUGGUAGUUUGAUAAUCGCUGUGUUUAGAAGUGAUCAUCUCGAUCACUCGCAUUUGAGUUGUCAAAUGCACGCCGAACCCCUGACUGACAGAAUACCCAUAAUAUCACCCAGACCAUUCUUAAUUUCUAGGGAAAAGCUACUCGCCCAAGAGUGCGAGAAUCAUAUAUGAUUUGGUUUUCAGUUUUGCGACGUCGAAUUUUCUCGAAGUUUAGCAAGCCGUCGCGGCAGUGCGCGGUAAGCUCACAAAGACAUCGUGUAUACCUCCUUGAGCAAUAAAUGCGAGGACGGUAAUGCAGUCAGACAAUGACUUCAUCAUCCCGUCUUCUGAGCUGACUCUCCACCAAUUUAACCCGGGGAUGAAGUGGCCCGUUUCCCCAUCUCUCCAACUUUUCGAGCCGCCCCGGUCUCGAUUGCUGUUCUGGGAAUUUUUACCGCCAAAUGGGAUGAGAUAAUUGCUGCCUUCAGAGCUUUAUACUCGGUUGGCACUGUGGUAUUCAUCUGUGCCGAAUUUUCCGUUUUGACGAAUGUUGGAGAUAACCCCAAUUUUAUCUCAUGGACGGUAGGCCGCAGACCGCUCCUAAUUAUAUCGUAUACUCGAGCCACAGAUAAGCAUGUCUCAACCCUCAAGCAUGUGAAUGGAGGCUAGAGCUGAGGUGAACAAAAUACUAUGCUUUUUCUGUGGUUUACCGCUUGAGGAUGGAAAUCCUUGACACAUAGUUAUGAUCGACAAUACUACGCACCGAGUAGGAUGCCAAUACCAGGUUAGAC